AUGUCUAUUUUCCCUCCACCCCUGGACAAUCAAUGCUAUCGACCCAGAUCCGACAAGUUGUCGGAUCUGGGUUCAAGUGAUGCACCUGUACUGGAGGUGACGCUACUAGAGAGCAAGCGAAUGAACGAAGCCUGCUGUGUGCAGAGGGAGGUCUCCAUCGUUCCUGUCACCUCGACAAAUCUGCAGGAUGCUGUGGUAUUUACCCAUCUGCCGUAUGUUGCAUGGCCGGAUCAUGGGGUCCUUGAGGAUGAAUAUCGAGCUAGCCUUCUCGCUUUCGUUCAUUUUCUGGAUCGCGCUAGCAAGGAUACAUCUUCACUCCCGUCAUCUCCGGAGCCAGACUCAGAUCCUCCUAUCGUGGUCAAUUGCACCACUGACAUUGGGCAGACCGGAUCGUUCAUCGCGAAGUUGUCACUAUCACACGAAUACCAUCUUUCGAGCGGUAACCCGCCCUUGAAUACUUUGGCACCUCUCUUCGUCCUCUUUGCCUGUCCUUCCUCUGGGUACUCUACUAAAGGAGCUUCAGGAAGACCUGGUAGCACAAUAGAUUGA